AUGACUCCUGAUGCUUCGGCUGCGGUUGCGGCUUCGGCUUCGACCCCCUCCUCCUCCCCCACCACCCCUUGGUGUGGGCUUCUCAAGCCCAAACGACUUCACUACGACAAUGAGCUCUCCGUCGACGCUAAGUCCAUCGCUGUCCUUGAGGAUGAGAUUGCGAUCUGUACUCGUCACGAUUUACAUUGGGAAUGUAUCGCUGAUAAAUAUCACGUUCCCAAGAAAGAGGUCGAGGCUCAGGCCGACGCAGCGGCCUCCGACGCCGAAAAAUUGCUCGAGGAUGCCCGAAAGAGCCUCGAAGAGGAGGCUGCCGCUGGCCUCGAGCCCAACACCUACAACGUUGAAGAUUGA